UAAGUAAAGUAACUAAACUUGUUUGGUGAAAAUUACGUGGAGUGGGCGGGGUUUGAGCAGUCACACGGCCCCGCCCCCCGCCUCCCACCUCUGUCACGCCAGUUCUGGCUCUAAUUUGCCUCUACUGCCUCUGCAAGCGCAGGCAAGAUGGCAGCUUCCAUUUCGGCCAUAUUUUGGCUUUAAAACGCCUUAAUGAGAGUAAAUGGGGACCGUCCAGUCCAUACUUUUAUACAGUCUAUAAUCACAACCCAAACUCCACAACGCGCCAAGCAGCUCAUUUUUAGUUGCUGCGGAAGCACAGCUCAUUUAGGCUCAGCUCAGCUAACCUCAGGACUUGUUGUGCUACUAAGAUAUAAGGCAGUGUGAGGUUGGUGGAUGGUGGCAGUCGCUGUGCUGGGAGAGUGGAGGUUCUUCAUAGAGGACAGUGGGGAACAGUGUGUGGUGAUGACUGGGAUAUGAGUGAUGCUGCAGUGGUGUGUAGAGAGCUGGGCUGUGGAGAAGCUGUAGAUGCACUGGGCAAAUCUCAUUUUGGAUCAGGAUCAGGACCAAUCUGGAUGGAUGAUGUGGACUGUAGUGGAUCAGAGUCUAGACUGAAGAACUGUAGAUCACCAGUAUGGGGUAAACAUGACUGCAAUGAAACCCACAAUUCUGGAGUCAUCUGUUCAGGAGCCAGGCUGGUUUUAGGUUCUCGCUGCUCUGGGAGAGUGGAGGUUCUUCAUGGAGAGAGCUGGGUCACAGUGUGUGAUGCUGACUUUAACCAGCAGGAUGCAGAGGUUGUGUGUCGAGAGCUGGGCUGUGGUUCUCCUGUGAAGGUUCUGGGAGCAGCUGCGUUUGGUAGAGGGGAGGGUCAGGUGUGGUCAGAGGUGCUUCAGUGUAGAGGAAACAAAUCUCAGAUUCACUUCUGUCCAAAAUCAUCUUCACUCAAACACAACUGCUCCCAUGAUAAUGAUGUGGGACUGGUGUGUGCAGGCAGUGUGAGGUUGAUGAAUGGUGGGAGUCGCUGUGCUGGGAGAGUGGAGGUUCUUCAUAGAGGACAGUGGGGAACAGUGUGUGGUAAUAACUGGUAUAUGAGAGAUGCUGCAGUGGUGUGUAGAGAGCUGGGCUGUGGAGAGGCUGUACAUGCAGUGAGUGAAUCUCACUUUGGAUCAGGAUCAGGACCAAUCUGGAUGGAUGAUGUGGACUGUAGUGGAUCAGAGUUUACACUGAAGAAAUGUCAAAGGAGAGGAUGGGGUAAACAUAACUGUAAUCACUCUACAGAUGCUGGAGUUAUCUGUUCAGGAGUCCUGCUGGUUAAUGGCUCUCGCUGCUCUGGAAGAGUGGAGGUUCUUCAUGGAGAGAGCUGGUUCACAGUGUGUGAUGCUGACUUUAACCAGCAGGAUGCAGAGGUUGUGUGUCGAGAGCUGGGCUGUGGUUCUCCUGUGGAGGUUCUGGGAGCAGCUGCUUUUGGUAGAGUGGAGGGUCAGGUGUGGUCAGAGGAGCUUCAGUGUAGAGGAAACAAAUCUCAGAUUCACUUCUGUCCAAAAUCAUCUUCACUCAAACACAACUGCUCCCAUGAUAAUGAUGUGGGACUGGUGUGUGCUGACAGUGUGAGGUUGGUGGAUGGUGGCCAUCGCUGUGCUGGGAGAGUGGAGGUUUUUUAUAACAGAACAUGGAGAUCAGUGUGUGGUAAAAACUGGGAUAUAAGAGAUGCUGCAGUGGUGUGUAGAGAGCUGGGCUGUGGGGAGGCUGUAUUUAAAAAUGUUCAGUUUGGGCCAAGAUCAGCCUGGAUGGAUGAUGUGAACUGUAGUGGAUCAGAGUCUUCAGUGAAGCACUGUAGAUCAGCUGGAUGGGUGGAACAAAUUUGUAAUCGACUUGCUGGAGUCAUCUGUUCAGGGGUCAGAUUGGUGGGCAGAUCUCGCUGCUCUGGGAGAGUGGAGGUUCUUCAUGGAGAGAGCUGGGUCACAGUGUGUGAUGCUGACUUUGACCAGCAGGGUGCAGAGGUUGUGUGUCGAGAGCUGGGCUGUGGUUCUCCUGUGGAGGUUCUGGGAGCAGCUGCUUUUGGUAGAGGGGAGGGUCAGGUGUGGUCAGAGGAGCUUCAGUGUAGAGGAAACAAAUCUCAGAUUCACUUCUGUCCAAAAUCAUCUUCACUCAAACACAACUGCUCCCAUGAUAAUGAUGUGGGACUGGCAUGUUCUGGUGACAAGCGAAGACUUGUUGGUGGUCCUAACGCGUGCUCUGGGAGAGUAGAGAAGCUUCAUCGUAAUUCUUGGCUUCCAGUGUGUGAUGCUGACUUUAACCAGCAGGAUGCAGAGGUUGUGUGCAGCUGGGAGCUGGGCUGUGGUUCUCCUGUGGAGGUUCUGGGAGCAGCUGCUUUUGGUAGAGCAGAGGGUCAGAUGUGGUCAGAGGAGCUUCAGUGUAGAGGAAACGAAUCUCAUAUGUACCUCUGCCAGACAUCUCCUUCCUUGAAACCCAACUGCUCUCACAACAAGGAUGUGGGACUAAGAUGCUCUGGUCACACUCAGGCUCGGCUGAUGAACGGCUCAGAUUCCUGUUCUGGUCGAGUGGAGCUCCAGUACCUCAGUGAGUGGGGUACAGUGUGUGAUGUAAGCUGGGAUAUGAGAGCUGCCAGUGUCCUCUGUGCUCAGCUGAAGUGUGGGAGUUCUGUGGCUGUGUUGGGGUCAGACUGGUUUGGGGAGGGGAGUGGCCGGAUCUGGGCUGAUGUGUUUGAUUGUCAGGGAAACGAAACACACCUGUUAAAAUGUCCCAUUUCAUCAUGGAGUCGAACUGCAUGCUCUCAUAAACAGGAUGCUGGAGUUAUCUGUAGUGGUUCUUCUCUGGCGUCUCAUGAGGGAGGAGUGCGGUUGUCUGGAGGGAUGGAGUGUGAGGGGGAGGUAGAGGUUUUCUUCAGGCAGGAGUGGAGGAGAGUUCUGCUGGACUCCUGGAGUGAGUCUGAGGCCUCUGUGGUCUGCAGACAGCUGGGCUGUGGUUCUGUACUCAACACCUCCAGCUCCUCUUCAUCCAGUCCUGAACACAGCUACAUGUGUGUGACGGGUUUCAACUGCUCUGGGAGUGAAGCUCAUCUGAGGAACUGCAGCAGCUCACAAGCAGUUAACUGCAGCUCCACAGUACAGCUCUACAUCACCUGCUCUGGUACAUCUAACACAGUCCACAGCUCCAUCAGGCUGGUUGGUUCUGGGGGAGACUGUGCAGGAAGGCUGGAGGUUUUCCACAGUGGAUCAUGGGGGACAGUGAGUGAUGAAUUGUGGGAUAUUGAGGAUGCGCAGGUGGUCUGCAGGCAGCUGCAGUGUGGAGUUGCCCUCAGUGCUCCAGGACCAGCCCGGUUUGGAUCUGGAACUGGACCCAUUUGGCUGAAUGAGGUGGAGUGUGAGGGGAACGAGGCGUCUCUGUGGAACUGCAGAUAUCAGCUGUGUGGAGAGGAUGAAUGUGGACACAAGGAUGAUGUAGGAGUGGUGUGCUCAGAGUAUAAAGAGAUCAGACUGACUGAGGGCUGUGAGGGGAAUCUGGAGGUGUUCUAUAAUGGAACAUGGGGGAAUGUGUGUGUAAAUGGGAUGACUGAUGAAACGGCAAAAUUGAUCUGUCGAGAGCUGAACUGUGGAAGAACUGGCAGUGAGUCUUGGUCUAAAGCAAGAGUGGAAUCAGCUCCUAACUGGCUGGAUAAUGUAAAAUGUAGGAAACAUGACUCCACUCUGUGGCACUGUCCAUCUUCUUCCUGGGGGGAGAACAGGUGUGAUAAUCGCAAUGAGGUUGCUUGCAUUACCAGCUCAGAGAAUGGAAAUACACUAGAUUUGACAAAUUGGCUGUGUGAUUCAUCUCCUCAUGAGAGACCGUGCUCAAGCUGAGGGGAGGAGUAGGAAGCUGUUCUGGAUGGCUGCAGGUGUAUCAUAAUAAAACAUGGGGGUCUGUAUGUGGUGAUCUCUGGGACAUCAGGGAUGCUCAGGUGAUCUGCAGGCAGCUGGGUUGUGGGCCGGCGCUGAGUGCUAAUAGAAGAGCUGCUGAUGGUUCUGGUGGAGGAACUAUCUGGAUGAACAGAGUGAAGUGUAGAGGGAAUGAGAUUCACCUGUGGGACUGUCCUCAUUCCCUGAAGAUCCACACUGACUGCAUCAUACUUGUAUCAUACUU